UACUGUCAUUCUAAGCGACCCUCGAGGAAUCUUGCAAGGCUUCUUUCUCACAGGACUAUGUAGCCAAAACUUUUAACUUGAACGAAAUGGAAACCUCUACACUUCUAAAUAGCCAACAAAAUGGACUGAUUUUUAAGCUUCAAAAAGGCCAAACUUUGACGACUCCAACUAAGGCGACCAAGUUUAUUUAUAACCUUGAUAAUAAUGAGUCCAUUAUGAAGGUCUCUGAAUCUGAAUUUCCAUUUAUUGGAGAAACUGGCUUGGCUGUUGUUGUGGACAGGCUUGGUCCCAAUGUGGUUCGGUCACCGGUGCUUCUUGUCAGUCCGGCGGAUCAACUGAUCUAUGUUGCUGGAGGAUCAGGGACGUUUCAGAUCGUCGGAUUACCAUCGUCAAGCAAAACAGAAGUUCAUGUGGAAAGUGGUCAGUUGGUUUUUGUUCCCAAGCAUUUUGCUGUUGGUAAGAUUGCCGCUGAACAAGGCAUGGAGUACUUCUCCAUUCUCACUACUAAAAUGGGUUUGGUGGAAGAAUUGAAGGGGAAAACAUCAGUUAUGGAGGCUUUAUCUGCAGAGGUCAUUGCAGUUUCAUUCAAUAUCACAGCUGAGUUUGAGAAAGUUUUGAGGUCAAACACAACAAAUUAAAAAGAAACAUAUUAAAGCUUCAUCUUUGGAUUAAAACUGGAUGUUCUUUUUCAUGCACGUUCUUCUUCCAUGUGUAAAUGUGCUAUGAAUUUUGGUUAAUUACCUAUAAUCUAUCUAUUUGUAACUAUUGAGUUUGGUGUGUGCUUUUCAGCCAUUGUAACUUGUGCUUCUCUUAUUUUGAAUAAAUAAACGUGUGUGUUGUGUA